AUGCCGGCACCGAUGCCGCAUUUUCGCGGUGGUCCACUCCCGCUACCGCAUAUGAUGCCCGCACAUCAUCCAGCUAUGAUGCGGCCACCAAUGUUUCUUCCAUUUCCUCCACCACCACCACCACCACACUUAUUACCACCAAUGCAUCCUGUGCCAAUGAUGCCAGCAGCACCUCCGCCACACUUCGGAAUGGGACCGCAUCUUCCGCCCGGCAUUUUCCUGCCUGCACCACCGCCACCAAUUGGUUUGUUACCGCCGCGAUUUAUGGGACCGUGUGGCCCGUUGCCAGUACCAAUGGGACGAGCCCGUUCACCACCUGAUAGUCCGAUUGUAACUGGUCCAGAAUCAAUUUAUGGGACACUGCCAAGGAGGCCGGCCUAUGAGGAACCAAUUUACAUGCCAGGAAAUGUGCCCUACAUGCCACCACAAGCCAGCUAUCAACCGGGCAGCUAUCCAGCGGACCAUUACGAUGCCUACUACGACACCUUCAAACGACAACGAUAUCCACAACACAGCAAGGGCUCAGGAGGCGCGGAGUCACAGGCAGGCUCGAGGAAAGCAGUGCCCACAUCCGAGAACGAUGACACAUCGCAGUUCUGGGAGGCUUAUGAAGCCACUGAUGCUGUAUCCACUCAUCAGUUGCAGGCAUUUCUGGUAACAGCCCGUUCGAUGCCUUCUUCGACUGCCGUGGCAACGACGACGGCCCAGAAUAACGUGUCUACCACCAGGAACAAUGCCCGAGGUACACAGACCACGACAAUAUCUGCUGGAGCAGUGGAUAUAGCAAGGCCAGAUACACCUCCGGCGGAUUACGAUGGUGCUGCAGUUACUGAUCUACAAGUUACAGCCAACAGCAGCAGCACAGCCGGCCACAGCAAACAACAACAACAUACUACAGCUGUGAUCUACUGA